CAACGACAGUGGGUGUGUUUCAUGAAGAAUACCUUUAUUAUAGUAUCAUCGAAUAGUUUAUUAAAUUGAUUUAUUAACAUUUCCUUCCCUCCCACUCGCUAGCUCUUUCCUUCCCGUCAUUCCCCCUCCCUGAUUCUAGCCAUGCAUUCUGAUAAAGAGUUCUCGCUUGUCGGCUUGCUAGUGGAAUCUGGGGAACCGAAGAACUUUGAAUCGCUCAAGAUUGUGCAUAACACCUCCGCGAGGAAACACGACGACGAUGUAGGAGAAGAUGAGGAAAGACUUGUUGUGAUGAUUUCGAACGAUGUGUUCGUCGAAAAUGUUCCUGUCAAGACGGUAAUUAAGCGCCUAAGCACCCCAGAGCGCAUUCGUCGACUUACCGAUAAGCUCUCCGCCGAGGUACAUGAGCUGAUGGAACGGCACGACGUGCGUAAGAAUAGGCAACGGACGAUGAAUUUCACCAAAUCAAGCGCGCUGGCGAAAUCCCGACAGCCCUCCUGUGCAAGGCCUACAAACCCACCGAUGAAAGCAGCAUCUAAGACUAGUAAGAAUAACUCAGGCAAUGGGGUUCUUCCGGAUAUUUAUACCUAUUUUAAGAACUCCAGAAGCCGUCAUUUGAUGAAAGCACGGCAGAACAAGGUUGUAUUCCCCCUUACAGGGAAAUCUGAUGGUUGCUCUAGCAAGGGUCUUGAUGGCUUUAGCAUGCGCUUUAAUGUGGAUACGGUCAACUGUUCAAAGAACACUCCAAAUUAAUUGCCCUCCGCGUGAAAGGAGCGGCAACGCCCUAAAUUGGACUCGUUAUUUUCCUUUUAAUUUGCCGUGUGGGUUUGUGUAGAUGUGUAUGUGCUCACUUUUCUGGUCCUUUUAUUAAAGUAUCUGAGAAUUGGAAAGCAGAAGAUGUAUGUUAUAUGGUUAUAUAUCCCCUUCACUCCCUCACCUUCCUCCCCUUUUCGAAAUGUUUUUUUUUCAUCAUUACUAUUCCUUGUCUCACAUUACGGGUGUGAAAAUGCGAUGUAGACUGCAAACGUUCAAUUUAACAAUCAUAAUAAAAAAAAUGCUGCCAAUUCGUUGGGGAUACAAAAAAAAAAAA